UGUGUGUUUUGUGUCCUCUAGACGUGUCUGAAGCGAUCCUGCACUCGAUGCAGCGUAGCCGGCGGCUGUUGCUAGUCCUCAGUCCACAAUACCUGAAGGACAAGAGCUUCAGCCUGCUGGAAGCCCGGCUGGCCCUGUUCCUCCACCAGAACCCCCAGACCCUCCAGCCAAUACAGCAGCACCUCCUCCAGCAGAACUACCUCCAGAGCCUCCCACAGAACCCUCUCCACCUCCUCCAGCAGAACCACCUCCAGAGCCUCCAGCAGAACCACCUCCAGAGCCUCCAGCAGAACCACCUCCAGAGCCUGCAGCAGAACCACCUCAAGAGCCUCCAGCAGAACCACCUCCAGAGCCUCCAGCAGAACCACCUCCAGAGCCUGCAGCAGAACCACCUCAAGAGCCUCCAGCAGAACCACCUCCAGAGCCUCCCACAGAACCCCCUCCACCUCCUCCAGCAGAACCACCUCCAGAGCCUCCAGCAGAACCACCUCCAGAGCCUCCAGCAGAACCACCUCCAGAGCCUCCAGCAGAACCACCUCCAGAGCCUCCAACAGAACCACCUCCAGAGCCUCCAACAGAACCACCUCCAGACCCUCCAGCAGAACAACUUCCAGGGCCUUCAGCAGAACCACCUCCAGAGCCUCCAGCAGAACAACCUUCCUGCCCUUCAGCUGGGCCAGCUGCACCACCUCCAGUCCCUCAGGCAGACCCUCCAGCAGACCCUCCAGCAGACCAGGCAGGCGACCAUCAUCGCCGUCUUGCGGCACCCUCCCAGCAGAACCAGCUGCCCUGAGGCCGCUGAGCUCCGGCGGGCCGCGGCCAGCACCCUGGUGUGGCGCGGAGCCCGCUCAGAGCCAGCCGGCUCCAGGUUCUGGAAGCGUCUGAGGCUGGCCAUGCCGGUGAGGCCCCUGGCACUGGGCCGCAGAAUGGUGGACAGCACCUCCUCUCACUCGGACCUGGCCUCGCUGGUGCUGCAGCGAGUCCAGCGCACCGGCCACACCCACACGGCCAGAACCACCAAUCACAAGUCCAUACCCGGGCCGCUUUCAGCCAAUCAGAGCUGCCGAGGGGCUCCCCCCAGCGGCGAGGGUGUGAGGGGCGCUGGGGGCCCGGUGUGCGUUGGGUUAACUGGUCUGAGGCAGGCUCCCGCAGGGGCGGAGCUCCCUUUGGAGUCGGAGCGUCCGGAGCAAACCCGCGAGUCCGAUCGGGUUCCCAGCCUAGACCCCACAUGUGAAGGGGAUCCGCCUCGAGACGCAGACUCCGCCUCCCAACCACCGUCAACCAAUCAGGAUCCAAGGACACAUAACAGCAGACAGAUGCUGCCCACUGAAUUGUCGGUUUGAUAUUGUGAGAAGGUACCGCCGUGAACCAGCUAAUGAAACCAGCAAGGUCCUUAGGGCAGACUGGCUAGACCAGCAGGGUCCCGGAGACAAGCACUCAGGUCAAGAAGUUAAUUUACUUCCCACUCUGCGGUUCUGUAUAUCUAUUUCUCUAAAUAUCUGUUAAUUUAAAUAAUGAUAUGUAUGUAUGUAUGUCUGCAAUAAAAUAUCAAAAAACGACUACUAGACGAGUGUUAAAUUAAUUUUGUUUCUAACAAUGUUCGCUCCCAGAUGACGGUUAACUCGCAGUACCGGUCGGCUACAUUUGCUACAGCUGUAACCUACCCCACGAACCAUUAUCUACAGCUGUAAGCUGCCUCAAGUAACAAUAUCUAGAGCUAUAAACUACCCCUCAUAACAUUAUCUACAGCUGUAAGCUGCCUCAAGUAACAAUAUCUAGAGCUAUAAACUACCCCUCAUAACAUUAUCUACAGCUGUAAGCUACU